AUGAACACCAUGAACAAUACAAUCGCGGUCAAAGCUCUGGGGCUUCAGCAGACUUGGCCGCCGGCCUCCUUACUUCGAGUCAACCCGCUGGCUGCUGUUGUGGUCGCCGGUAUGCUUGCACUGCUUUGCCUCCAAGCUUGCACAUCUGGAAACAAGCUUCUCGCCAACGGCGAGCCUUAUGAAGUUCUAGCCCCCGAUGGCCGCUACGUCUUCGUUUCGUCUCCCAAGUACAUCAAGGAGAUGGAUUCUGCACCCGAUACGGUCCUCUCGCUUCAGGCCGCGGCCAAGCAGAUGCUCCAGCCCAUACACACCAUGCAUGCCUUCAACUGGUUCGAUCGCCGAGGAACAGAGGGUGUAGGAUUUGUGAAGGCUCUGCGGACCAUGCUGACCAACAACCUCCCCGCCGUUCUUCCGGACUUGAGCACCAUCAUCCGGACGAGGUUUGAGAGUCUCCAUGAGGCACAUCCCAAAAUCAAUGGAGUCACACAAAGCCCUGUCUAUGUCAUGAAUGUGAAACUCGUGGUUUUGUCAAACGCCGUCUCGUUCUUUGGCAAGGAUCUAGGUAUGGCAAACCCGUAUCAUAUGGCUCACCCCACGAGACUUAUUCCGGUGACCAUGCUCACAAUAAUUAUGACAGCCAAGAACGAAGCCUUCAUGGAGUCGGCACUUACGUACAUCGAGGAGACAUUUGUCUGCGCCGAAAUUGUUCGUCUGCUUCCGAAAUUCAUGUCACCGAUCCUGGGCCGACUGAUGCGCAGGCGCCUCAAGUCUCAAGAUGUUGUCUACAACACUCUUCUCGCCGUGACCGAGCAGAGAUGCUUGGAAAGAGACAUGAAAAACCUGGGUCAAGAUGUCCCUUAUCAUAUCUAUGCCCUUGACGCGGCUGCUCAUAACAACUUGGUGGCUAACGAAACUCAAACCGCAGAGAGCACCCGGCGCGCCGCGCUGCGGCCCUUCACCUUCUCGGACGGCACCAAGCUCAACGUCGGCGACUGGGGUUGCACUCCCGUCAAGGCCAUGAUGCACGACGCAGAGUUCUACCCGGAGCCACUCCAGUUCAACGGCUUCCGGUUCGCGGACCCGGCCAUCGUCCAGGCGGCCGGUGACCAUUUCAAGACGCCGCAGCCCAAGCCGUCCAAAUUAACCGACUGCAGCAGCACGUAUCAUGUUUGGGGCACGGGGCGUAUGGCGUGUCCCGGGCGAUACUACGCCACUGCUGUCAUGAAGGUGAUCCUAGGUCAGAUUAUCAUGAACUACCAUUGUGAACUGCUGAAUCGGGAAGAAUCGCGGUGCGUGACUUGGCGGUCGACGAUGUUGCCGAAACACAGCACCAAGGUGGUCUUCACCCGGCGUGCGGAUUAG